CACAAACUCCCUCAUCCUUCGAUCAGUAUGAGCCGACAGAGCGCACUGAAUCUUACCGUCGGCAUCGGCGCGGCCGCGGCUCUAUACGUGGUGCGCCUUCGCCGGUCGGCGUAUUCGACGUUGUCACGGCGUGUGCGCCCUCCCGUCCUUGAAAAGCGACCCAAGAUGGUCCCAUUUGGCGCUGUCGCGGGGCAGAACCGUGGCUCGAGCCCAAUGAAGCCCAUCUUGUACCUUGAGGACCCAUAUUUCUACGUCCGUGAUGACUCGCGCAAGAACGAGGAGGUGCUGGAACAUCUUCGCAAGGAGAAUGAGUACACGGACGUCAAGACGAAGCAUCUCGCUAACGUGCGCGCCAACAUCUACGACGAGCUGCUGUCGCACGUCCAGGAGACCGACGAAGAUUACCCAUAUCCGCACGGCUCCUACUUGUACUACAACCGAACGGUGAAGGGCAGCAGCUACGCAUACCACUGCCGCAAGGCCAAGACCAAGAACGCGCCGGAAGAGUUACUAUUGGAUGAGAACGAGAUCGCCAAGGGUCAUAACCAUUGCCAAGUGGCCAGCGUAUCCCCCAGUCCCGACCACCGCUAUCUGGCGUACAUGGUGGACUUCAGCGGCUACGAAACGUACACGGGUUACGUGAAAGAUCUUGAGACUGGAAAGUUACUACCGGACCGGAUCGAAAACAUCUCGAGUCUGCGCUGGGGACAGGACGCCUCUGUGCUCUACUACGCCACUCAGGACGAAGCCCAUCGCCAGAAUAAACUGUGGCGUCACACGAUGGGGAGCAAGGACGCGGACGAGCUGCUGUACACGGAAGACGAUGAAAUCUACAGCGCCUACUUCCAGAAAGCUCGCAGCGGGAAGUACAUGUUCUUGCUGUCCUCGAGCAGCGAAACCAGCGAGGUGUCUUUCAUCGAAUUGGAUAACCCGUCCAAGCCUCCACAGGUGAUUGCUCAGCGCCAGAAGGGAUUGAUCUACUCGGUGGAUCACUUUGGAGACUAUUUCUACAUCGUGACGAAUAAGGACAAGGCCACCAAUUUCAAGGUGAUGAGGACGCCGGUGACGUCACCGUCGCCAGAGCACUGGGUCGAUGUGUUCCCGUACGACGAGAGCAUCAAGGUGGAUGAUGUUGACUGCUUUAAGGACUUUAUGGUCAUGGAAGGUCGACAGGGAGGCUACUCGCAGCUUUGGAUCAUCGUCCCCGAGGGAGACAAGCACGCUCGCCGUCAGAUCACCUUUAAGGAGUCCAGCUACACGGUGUCCGGGUCGGUCAACCGUGACUUUGACACGGACAAGUACCGCUUCAUUUACUCGUCGAUGACUACCCCAUGGGCAACGUUCGACUACGACGUCAACACCCGUGAGUCGACGCUGUUGAAGGAGAAGCCUGUACCGAACUAUGACCGCUCCCUUUACAAGACCGAGCGGCUGGAAGCAAAGGCUAGCGACGGAACCAUGGUGCCAAUCUCGCUGGUGUACCGUUCGGACCUUCGCUCGCAGGACCGCCAGCCGCUGCAUCUGUAUGGCUAUGGCUCGUACGAAAUCCCGAUCGAUCCGAGCUUCGUGUCUUCCAUCCUGCCGCUGCUGGACCGCGGUGUGAUUUACGCAAUCGCUCAUAUCCGAGGUGGCGGUGAAAUGGGCCGAACGUGGUACGAGGACGCGAAAUACAAGAAGAAAAUCAACACGUUCACGGACUUCAUCAGCUGUGCGGAGCAUCUCGUUAAGACUGGAUACACGAGCCCCAGCAAGAUGACGUGUGAAGGCCGCAGCGCUGGCGGAUUGCUGAUGGGCGCCGUGUUAAACAUGCGUCCGGACCUUUUCACUGCUGCCAUCGCUGGUGUGCCGUUCGUGGAUGUGAUGAACACCAUGAGCGACGCCUCGAUUCCGCUGACGACUGGAGAGUGGGAGGAGUGGGGGAACCCGAACGAGAAAGCCUACUUCGAGUACAUGCUGAGUUACUCUCCCUAUGAAAAUGUCAAGCAGCAAGCGUACCCGAACAUUCUGGUCACGAGCGGGCUGUUUGACCCACGUGUGGCAUACUGGGAGCCCACCAAAUGGGUCGCAAAGCUGCGUGAUAUGAAGAGCGACCAGAACGAGGUGCUGUUGAAGAUGGACUUGUCGUCAGGCCACUUUAGUGCUAGUGACAGGUACCACUACCUGAAGGAGAAGGCGUUCGACUUGGCUUACUUGCUGGAUCACCUCAAGGCGAUCAAGGAGGAGGACAAGAAGGCACCCAAAUCCGCUGCGAAACUUUAACGAGUAGAGGACUACCCAGACACAACCCGAGUCAAGGCUGCUGUAUGACGAUCACAAUGCCAGCUUUGUAAUUCCAUUAAACUUCCUACUUCUUGCGCUUUCGAGUGUCCCCUUCCUGAAGAUUCUUGUCAACAGUUGCUGCUGUUUUUGCCUUUGCAAAUAGCUCCACCUCCUUGCGGAAAGCCUUUCUCUCCGUACGCUGUGCAUCCAGAAUCGUCUUGGAGCACCCGUAUGCAGCUUGCGAUAAGUUAAAUCUUGAAAGGUAUAAUUGCUGCAUGGCUAAGUCUUCUGAGAGUGGCGAACACAGCUCGCUCUUCAACACUGUGAGCACCUGUCCAGUGGAUACACAAAUCUGAAUCGCAUCCGACAGUUCGUACUGCAGGAUGAUGCCACGUUGGUGGCCCACGGGUUUCGCACCCGGUCGAUAUGUCUUGACAAUGUUCCCCACUGCGAACUUAAGUGUGUCCACCAGAUCUCGAAAUUGCAGAAACGUCUGGCUUUGUUUCGUCGCAACUAGUGGAGACCACAUUUGUCGCGGUCGUACUGCAGGAUCCUCGCAUGUCUUCCAAGGAACAAGAGAAUCAUCCACCCUACUUACUGGCUCGAUGAAGUCCGGUAUGGUUGCCUGGUAGCUGAUGCCGACAUUGGGUUUGGGACGGCCCAGUCCGCUUCGGAUCGCUUCGUUCUCAACAACUUCCAGCGCCUUUUUGAUGUUGCUACGGUUCGGAUAGUACUUGUAGCGACACACGAAAAACAUCUUGCCUUUCUCGCGGUACCCACGCUUUAUCUCGUCCUGAAUGUCAUUAUAUUCCUCAGGAGACA